CCUGAACGAGGAAGCAAAUUUACGAGGUCAAAAGUUAAGGUCAACAGUAACUGAGACGUUCAUUUCAAGGGCUUUUACAGUGCUGAGGUCUACAGAAACUUGAAAAAUCAAACACGAGGAUAAGAAAAUCGUGUUUUAUAUGUUUGCUAGAUUUUGUUUGAUACGAUCGAUGAACAACGCACAAAGGACCCACUUGCCACGACGCGCGUCAAUGGCCGCCACUCAAGCUCGCAUUCAACCUUUACCAGUACCAGUCCUCAAAACCGUCGUACCCACCCCAGACCAUAGCACAAGUUCAAAUUCUACAGUCAUGGCUGCAGAAAAAAAGCACUUCACGUCGAAGCGGUUUGCAGAUGCGCCCAUCUCGAAGCUAUCCAAGGCUGGAAUCAAACAUGAGUUUCUCACAGAUCAUGCACUGUCAGGCAUUGAUCUCCUCGUGCAAGCCAAAACUGGAACUGGAAAGACUACGGCCUUUCUCCUCCCUGCUAUCGAGCGGCUCGCCACCUCCAAAUCAAUGUCCUCAGAUGUGGGCAAGAUUCUUGUCCUCGCGCCCACACGUGAGUUGGCACUUCAAAUCGAGGAAGAGGCAAAGUCCCUCCUCGCGCACCACCCAUACGGCGUGCAGUCCGUUAUCGGAGGCACAAAUGUCCUCGUUCUAGAUGAGGCAGAUAGGCUGCUUGACCAAGGGUUUCGCAAGGAUUUGGAGCGUAUCGUAUCAUUCCUGCCUGAUAGACGGGUAACAAAGCGGCAAUGUAUGCUGUUUUCUGCGACUUUUGAUAAGGCGAUCCAGGGGAUCGCAAAACUUUACCUAGAUCCAAAUUAUAAUUUCAUAUCCACGCUACACGCGGACGAGAUUAAUACGCACGAACAUGUUCCCCAAAGUUACCUCAUCACGCCCCUCGAAGAUACCCUUCCGACACUUGUUUCCCUCCUCAAGCGGGCGGGUCCUCAAGCAAAGACGAUGCUUUUCUGUACAACGGCACGUGGGACGGCCGUUGUUGCAAGCAUUUUGCAACAAGUAUCUCCCGCGAACGCACAAUCUAUGCUUCCCCCAAUCUACCAGAUCCAAAGCCGUAUGUCACAGGCUGCGCGUACACGUGCCGCACAGGAGUUCCGCGACGCCCCAGAGGGUGCGGUUUUGGUUACAAGCGAUGUGACAGCGAGAGGGAUGGAUUUUCCAAGCGUAACCCAUAUCAUACAGCUUUCCCUCCCCAGUUCGCCCGCCCAGUACAUCCACCGCCUCGGCCGAACCGCGCGUGCAGGGGCUAGCGGCGAAGGCAUACUAAUUCUUAUGCCCGACGAGCAGUUCUUCUUGCGUCUGCCAGAGAUCGCCUCACUUCCGUUAACGCCCUUCACACAGCUUGAACAUACCGGCAAUUUGAAGUUCAAGCUGGACGAUCGUUCCAUCGGCCAGGCGUAUUCUGCUUGGCUUGGCUUCUACAAGUCCUGGCUGAAGCAACUACAGUGGACCCCUGCAGAGCUGGUGAAACAGGGUGCGGUGUGGGCACGGUGCUUGGGGUGGCCGGGUGUGACGGAAGUUGGCAGUGGUUCUAGUACUUUUGGUGGUGCUCCGGCGCAAAGAGGUGCAAGGGGUGGAAAUGAAGUGGCGAGGUGGAUUCCACCACCUAUUGCGAAGCGCACGGUGGGAUUGAUGGGUCUGCGUGGAACGCCGGGGCUGAAUGUGGUGGAUCGCCUGGAUGAUGCGGGUGACGCCCCAGCUCGGAGUGCUGGAGGCGGAGGCGGACACGGACACGGACACGGACGUGGACGUGGACGCGGGCAGGCGCAGCCGAAUGCUGCCACGCCGCACACAGAAGGAGCGAGCGAUAAUAAGCCUACGCGCGCACAAGGCAACAGAAGGGGCAAGGCAAAGGCAAAGGCGGGACAAUAAGUUUUUGAGGAUGCCUAUGUCUCUUGGGAAGAAGUUGGUAGUUAGAGCUAUUAGAGUCCGGCAUGGUGCCUAUACCUGAUCAAUACAUUGCUAAUUAAUGGUCUUCAUUC